UAUCUCGACAACGAAGAAGCUUCAAGUACAGUAUGCAAUGUUCCCCGUUCCACCGACGCAAAAGGACAAUCAAAUCAACGGCUAUCUAUAAGCUUUCGCCUCCGAAGGGACGUUCCCGGUUUUCGUUUCGUGCCCGAGACAAGAUCUUCUAGCGAAAGAGCUGCUUCCGCCCUCUCGUUCUCUCCAUCUUUAAGCCCUUGGCGCCAAUCCGGGGAGCUUCAGGACAUAGGCAAUGGCGGAGAAGAAGCCGACGAUGCACGCGGUUUGGUAUGAGUCUUACGGCGGAGGACCCGCCGGCUUGAAGCAUGUGAAUAUCCCGGUUCCUGACCCUAAAAAGGACGAGGUUUUGCUGAAAGUAGAAGCGAUUAGUAUAAAUCCUUUUGAUUGGAAAGUGCAGGAUGGACUGCUGAGACCAAUUCUUCCUCGCAAGUUCCCUCAGAUACCUGCCACGGAUGUAGCAGGAGAGGUUGUCAAGGUUGGACCAGCAGGCAAGAAAUUUAAACCUGGUGACAAAGUCGUAGCCGUCCUCAAUCCCCUUGCAGGAGGUGGAUUCGCCGAGUUCACCGCUGCAAAGGAGAGCCUAACGGUGGCGAGGCCGCCUGAAGUAUCGGCACCAGAAGGGGCAGGGUUACUCGCAGCCGGCCUAACUGCUCUCCAGGCCCUCACCCAAUCUGCCGGGCUAAGGCUCGACAGGAGCGGACCGCUGAAGAACAUCCUGAUCACCGCUGCCUCGGGCGGUGUCGGCCACCACGUGGUUCAGCUCGCGAAGCUAGCGAAUACACACGUGACCGCAACUUGCGGGGCUCGCAACAUCGACUUCGUCAAGAGCCUCGGCGCCGACGAGGUCCUCGACUACAAGACCCCGGAGGGAGCCGCCUUGAAGAGCCCCUCCGGGAAGAAGUACGACUUCGUGGUCCACUGCGCAGUCGGAUUCCCAUGGAAAGUUUUCGAGCCGAACUUGAGCGCCCGCGGCAAGGUGAUAGAUCUCACCGCGGGUGCCAGGGCCAUGAUGACUUUUGCGCUCCAGAAAGUCACCUUCUCCAAGAAGCAGCUCGUGCCGAUGGUACUGUCGUCCAAAGGUGAGAACCUGGAAUUCCUGGUUAACUUGGUUAAGGAAGGGAAGCUCAAGACCUUCAUCGACUCGAAGUAUCCUUUGAGCAAAGCAGAAGAUGCUUGGGCUAAGUCUAUCGGCGGUCGCGCCACUGGCAAGAUCAUUGUAGAGCCAUGAGACUUAAGUGCUGGUGUGUUCUUGAGAAGUGUAAUUUC